GUUUGGACAGACAAUGAACAUCGAACACGUAUGUCCACAAGAUGUAGACUAUAAAACGUGGUUUGGCCAGAGUAAUUAAUUUCGAAGCUGUUUGCUCAGAGAAUAAGAUGAGAAUCCUGAUUGUAGUAAUCAGUUGUUUAGCAGCUGUAAGUCACGCUCAGAUUGGAAGAACGUUAGGCAGGCGAGUUGGUGUUCGGCGCAUGUUAACACCAUUUGGUGCACUUCCGGUUCCGGUGGUGAAAGAGUAUGUUGGUGUUCCGGUUGCCAACAGACUGCUUUCCAGACCAUCUCCUAUCCAAUACGCCUCAAAUGGUAUCGGGUACAAUAGAGCCAUGUUGGCAGAUCAGUAUGAUCCUCAAGGAUCCUUUGAAGGGGGAUAUCCUGGGCAGUUCAAUGGUGGAAUUCAACAGUUCCCUGGGCAAUUAAAUGGCAGAUUUGGGAAUGGUGGAUACUACAAUGGCUAUGAUCCAACGGAAAUGGCUGUGGAUACCCCUGACUAUAUUGAGAGAAGACGACAACGCGCAGGCCAGAGUCAUCUAUACUAACAGAAGUGUCUUAAAGGAAUUGAAAAGAAGUCUUUAAACUAUUUAUGCGUUUCUUGCACACUGAUAGCAUUGAUUUGCACUAUUCCAAUUUUCAAUGAGACAUCUGUGAUCUUGUAAUUCCACCAGAGCUAUGUUUAUAACACCUUUAGAAAUUAUGUAAUAAUAUUUAGAUUUGUGUGAAUUAUAGAUUAUUUUUGUUGAUAAAUAGAUUUAUAUUUUAAAUAAAAUAACAAGUUUA